AUGACGUCAUUUAUUGAUAGUCUUGCAGCUAAUGAAAAAACAGCAGUGAUUAUCGAUAUUGGAUAUGCAUAUACAAAAUGUGGAUUUGCUGGUAAUGCUGCACCACGUCAUAUCAUUCCGACUAGUGUUACAAUGAAUGGAAAUAUACAACAUGUUUUUGAUGAUAAUUCAGAUCUAACAAAUUUACGUGAUCGUCUUACUGAAUUCAUUCGAUCAAUUUAUUAUAAAUAUAAUAUAGCAAAUUGUCGAGAACGACGUGUUGUAAUUAUUGAAUCAGUAGUUACACCUACACGUUUUCGACAUUUACUAGCUGAAAUUCUAUUAAAACAAUUUGAAGCAUCAUCUUUAGCAUUUGUUCCAUCACAUCUAGGUGCAACAUAUACAUUAGGUCGAAGUACAGCACUUGUUCUUGAUAUUGGUUAUAAAGAAGCUCAAAUUAUGCCUGUAGCUGAAGGUGUACCAUUAGCAGUUCAAUUUGAUAGUUUACCAUAUGCUGGUCAAGCUAUUCAUAAACAAAUCGAAUUAUUACUUGGACAACAUGCUUUUGUCAUACAUCAAGGACAGAAACAAUCAUUAAAUGAAGCGAAUCUCAAACUUUCAGAAGAUAUUCUCGAAGAUAUUAAAGUUCGUUGUUGUUUUAUCUCACCAUUUACUCGUGCACAGAUCUAUGCUAAGAAUAAAUUAGAUUCAAAUGAAACAUUUAAAGAAGCUUCAUCAAUUAAUUAUCCAUUAGGUCCAGAAACAGUUAUUCAUAUUCCGGGUAUUAUUAGAGAAUUUGCUUGUGAAGUUCUUUUUGAACAAGAUAUCGAUGGAAAAUCUAUUGCAACAUUAAUACUUGAUAGUUUACUUCAAUCAUCAGUUGAUCUUCGUCGACAAUUUGCUGAUAAUAUUCUUGUUAUUGGUGGUACAGCAAUGAUGCCUGGAUUUUUACAUCGACUUAAUGCAGAAUUAAAUUAUCUUGUUAAUAUUUCAACAUAUGUAAAUAAAUUAGCUAUAAAACAAUUUCAUUUUCAUUCUCCACCAGCUCAUUUAAAUUAUACAGCUUGGUUAGGAGGUUCGAUUAUUGGUGCUCUUGAUACACUUGAAUCUCAAUCAAUUAUACGUGAAAAAUAUUUAGAGAAUGGAAUUGUACCUGAUUGGUUUACAGGUGAACAAGCUGCUUAA